AUGCAGCUCGUACCAGACUCUCUGCCUCUCUCCUCACAACCAGACUCUCAACCACCCACCAGUUCUACCAUGGACCGCCGCCACUACCUUGGUCGUCACGGACAUCGCGCUGAACCCUCCCCAAGGGCUCAAGCCCGUCAUGAUCGUGCGGCCAUGCCUUCAGUUCUUGCCACCUUCAAGAUAAAUUAUCUCGGCCCCGCCUACAACCUGCCCCAACCUUACCUUGACAAAGAGACGCUGCAAACAUUUGGGAUCACCAUCGCGGGCCUGAGCCUAACCUCCGGCAAAGUUACCGAUGGAAGAGCCGCUGUGCUUGAGCCCAUUCCUCACGAACAAAUGGAGAAGUGGAUCACCCAGACGGGCACCAAGACUGUGGACAGUGAUCUAGCCAACUUUGUCCACAAUCCUGACUUUCGCCUCAACCACAAUCACAAAGAGGCAGAUUGUCUUUUCCAUACUCUUCAAUUCUAUCUUAGUGAUAACCUCUUGGGGAUGUUACAUCCCAAUAUUUUGGAUCAUUUCACCCGCUGGGAAAUGUUCCCGAACAGGAAUACCUUUCUUCAGGGCGUUGAGCACAGUGACUGGUAUGUGCAUGGAGUCAUCCUGAGAUAUUGCAAGGAGAAGGAACCUCCUGCUCUCGACCCUCGUUUCCCACACAACGCAUCAUUUGUUUCGGAUCGGAAUCCGCUUAAAGAUGGCAUCUUAUCAAAGAGUGAGCUUGUCGCAAUCCUGGGUUUGGCAUUCGUCUUUGCCAAUGGCGCCCUCGAAAGGGACGACUUACCCUUCAUCAUUCCAGUACGCUCUAUUGUACCCUCCUUUACAUCCAUGCAUGAGCAACCACUAAUCGAGCUCUUCCGUUAG